AAAUUACCAUAAUGACCCUCCCAGAGGCUCUCACCUCGCCCCCUCCGGCUGUGCCGAACACCCUCGUCACCUUUCCCACCCCACAGAUCCUCCUUGUUACCCUCAACCGGCCCAAACAGCUCAAUGCGGUCCCCACCACGUCCCAUCCGCUGUUUGAUAGCCUGUGGCGCUGGUACGACGCCCAGCCCUCGCUACGGUGUGCGGUCCUGACGGGGACGGGCCGUGCAUUCUGUGCGGGUGCCGAUCUCAAGGAGUGGUCUGUCCGGAACGAGGCUGCCUCGGACACAGCGAGGACGGCAAGAGAUGCGCAGAGCGGCGGCAAGAUGCGGGUCGCCUCGGGAUUCGCGGGGUUGAGCAACCGCGGUGGGAAAAAACCUGUCAUUGCAGCCGUGAACGGCCUGUGUCUAGGCGGCGGCAUGGAGGUCGCACUGAACUGCGACAUGAUCCUCGCCAGCGAGGAUGCCGUCUUUGGCCUGCCCGAGGUCAAGAGGGGUGUGAUUGCCCUCGCCGGCGCCCUGCCAAGACUGGUCAGGACGGUUGGAAGGCAGAGGGCGGCUGAGAUGGCUCUCUUGGGAAGACACUACUCUGCUGGCGAGAUGGAGAGGUGGGGAGUGGUGAACAAGGUCGUGCCGGCCCAAAAGGGAGAGGUGUUGGAAGAGGCCUUGAGGUGGGCGGCAGAGCUGGCAGAAAAUAGUCCUGAUUCUGUCAUUGUGAGCCGUGAGGGCCUCAGACUUGGGUGGGAGCCUCUGGGGCCCGAGGUUGGGACAGACUUGCUGGAGAGGGGCAUGUAUGGACGGAUGGAUGCAGGCGAGAAUCUCGUCGAAGGUGUGGUGUCAUUUGUCGAGAGACGGAAGCCAGUUUGGAAGGAUAGUAAACUGUGAAGAUGUGGUCCUCUAAGGGAAAUGGGCCGGGAAGAGACUCCAGCCCCUGUGUAAGGAUGGGAGUCAGAACCACAAAUCACCAUUCCUGGUUCUGGUCAACAC